UCGCGACGUCCUAUCAGACGGCUUGGCGUCACUGGCGAACAGCAAAGCGCGCUAAAACAUCGACCACGUGUUAUUUGUUUCACGCCAAUUUCGCUGUACGUUCCUACAUGACCGAUUGGCAGUCCAGGAAUUGCAUCACUUCCUGCUGAAUUUUAGAAUCAGUCUCGUCGGAACGGAAUAAAAAGAAAACCUACUAAAUGGACACGCUGUACACGGCCCGCAUCCACGGCUUCCCCAAUUUGAGCAAAGCCGGAUUAGAGCCGCCUCUAACCGAGGAAAGCAUCCUCUCUCUGCUGGUCGUCCUAGGCAGCAGUAUUUCGUUGGUGGCGCUGGUUUUUGCUUUUAUUACCUAUAGUUUGUUCUCCGAUCUGCGGAACCUUUCCGGGACAACACUCAUGAACUUAUUGGCUGCUCUUUUCAUGACUCAACUCCUUUACGUUGUAGGAGUCGGCGGAGUCCCAGAUGCUGAAUUAUGCAUAGCCUUGGCGUUUGCUCUGCAAUAUGCUCGUCUGUGCACUUUCUGUUGGAUGCUGUUGAUGACACACAAUAUGCACAAUCAAUUUCGAACCGGUCUGCAUUUGGUCCCCGUGACAGACAAUAAUAUCACUAGGAAUUUCCUUCGAUACUCAGUCUUCGGAUGGGGCCUACCUUCAGCUAUUUUGAGCGCCAGCGUUUUAAUUCAAUACCACGACAAGGCGGGAAAACUCCUUGACACCGCUUCACUCAGAGGACAAAAUUGCUGGUUUCUGGAUACGAAUGCAUUCAUUUACGGUCUCCUGGCACCCAGUUGCCUCAUCAUAGGCGCUACAUUCUAUUACUUGGUUAGAUCAGCGAUAUUGGCCAGAUACAUCAUCAGCAUGCAAGCAGACAUUCGAACGCGCGAAAAGAUGAGCAGGAAAAGAACACUUCAGAUUUUGCUUUUUUCAAAGAUAACGAUCGUCCUAUGUAUCGUUCUUACUCUGGCAGCAUUCAGCAAACUUUCCAAUAAGUCCGAGCCCUUCUGGAUAUGUUAUCACAUGACGCAAGGUUCCCAGGGAUUUUUAAUUUCAAUGCUCGUCACAUGUAAUUGUCAAAUACUGAAAUUGUACACUCGAAGCAUCAAGUCACGUGCUUCAAAGCACGUGCCUUAUUACGUUGGACGAGGGGAUUCGAAUCCUCUCAGCAAAUCAACGAGUCUGCAGUUGUUGACCUGGGAUACCCUUCCAGAUGCAGUCUAAAUGAUCGAUUCUGGAUUCUUUACUUUGGUAUUCAAUUGCGGUUUGGUUUUCACUGAAUGUACAGCUUUCCUGCAAUUAUUUUUUGUGUAUAUAAAAUUCUAUUGCCUAGUAUUGUAAUUGUUAUUAGUUACUUAUAGUUAAAAGGAGUUUUUGUUAUUCGUUGAGAAAUUCUCUAUGAGAAGAAGAAAAUUGAGGACCAUUUUUUUGGUUUAUUUACAUUUUUAAAAUUAACAGAAA